CCCGCUCUCUCCGACGACGAAGCCCACGCACUCCCAAGACCUCGUCUCGCUGAACCCACGCGCGGUCAAACUCCCAAACCCCACCCCCCCAAGUCUACUCCGCAUGCUCCCCCCUCCCCAGGUCAAUCUCCACCCGCCGCCCCGCCCAUGGCUUCUCCUCCUCCCGCCGCUCCCUUCGCCCUCCUCCUCCUCCUGCUCGUCGCGCUCGCCGCCGCUCAGCUGCCGGCGCCGCGGGGCAGCCAGGUCGAAAACCCUGACGAUGCUUCCCUGCGCAAGGUGUUCGAGCAAUGGAACCUGACGCUGCCGGAAAACCCGUGCGGCAAUCCCGUCUUCGAGCCGUUCCCGGCGAACGCGUCCAUCGACAUCCGCUGCAACUGCUCCGACUUGAACGCCAGCGUGGGGUGCCGUGUAACGCACCUGAACGUCACCGGCUACAGGAACGUCACCUUUAUCCCGGAGAGGCUAUUCAAUUUGACGGAGCUGGUCUCUCUGGAUUUGAGCAACAAUGGAUUGAGUGGUUCAAUAAGCCCUAAUAUCGCAAAUCUUACCAAACUGGAAUUAUGGCACUUGAACAAUAACCAACUCAAUGGGAAUAUCCCUAAUGAAUCAUCAAGAUUAAGGAAUCUACAAUCCCUAUGGAUGUUUGACAAUAACAUUGAUGGGCCAGUUCCAGAAUUUAUUGCGAACUUUACCAAUCUUAAAGACUUGAGAAUAUAUGGGAUGAAGCUUCAAGGACCUAUUCCAAACAAAUUCUCUAAUCUGACCAAUUUAACACACCUGAUGAUUGGUGACCUUGGUGGUGAUGACCGUUCUUCUAAUUUCACAGGAGUUUGGGAAAACCUUUCAGUGUUAUCUAUGAGGAACUGUGGACUCACUGGAGAGUUUCGUAGCCCAAUUUGGCCAAAUUUAACAUACCUAGAUUUGAGAUCAAACAACUUAUCAGGACCAAUUGAACAAGUGUUUCGGUAUAGUAGGACCUUACAAUACCUUUAUGCAGGUGAAAACAACUUCAGUGGAUCUCUGCCUCCUCAAAUGCCUCCAUCACUACUUGCUUUGGAUGUUACAUAUAAUCCUUUGCUUAAUGGAGGUCUUCCUAAAAAUUCUUCUAAUACAAUGAUAAAUUAUAUUGGAACUUCAAUUGCUGCAAAUGAAUCAAAUCACAGUGAAGUUUUUUCUCUCCUCAACUGUCUCAACAUGAAAGACAUGAAAGAAUGCAACCGAAAAGAUUUUACUAAUCCUGGACACUUUGCGGUAAACUGUGGGGGCAAGGAAUUUACUUUUUCAGACCAGCAGACUGUGUUCAAUGAUGACUCCACAGAUCUUGGAGCAGCACGCUUUCAUGUGAACACUAUUAACAGUUGGGUAGUCAGUCAUGUCGGCGCUGAUCCUUUUAGUAACUCUACUGGUAUUGUAAGUACAAACAAAAAUAUUCCUGGAACAGACAUGGCUGAUCUCUACAAAACAGCAAGAACAUCAACUGGUUCAUUAUGGUACUAUGUGGUUGGCUUGGCUAGUGGGACAUAUAAAAUUGAACUCUUCUUUGCAGAGAUAGUCAUAGAAAGUGAAUCAGGAAGGCGUUUAUUUAACAUUGACAUCCAGGAUCGGAAUAUCAGGACAGAUUUCAACAUUUUUGAUGCAGCAGGAGGUUUCAACAAAGCCACUAACGUAACUCAUGUAGCGAAUGUCACCGACUCGGUGUUGAAAAUACAUCUCUAUUGGAAUGGACGAGGCACUUGCUGUGUUCCACGUAAUGGAACCUACGGUCCUCUGGUGUCAGCCAUAAGAGUGUUCCCUUACACAGAGGCGCAAGCCAGUCCCCCACCUGCAGUGCAUACAUCACGGAGGAAUGAAAAGCGAAGGGGAGUGGUUGCAGGCAUCGUAGCUCUUUCCAUAGCUGCUGUGGUGGUAUCUUCAUCAGUUGUGUACCUCUGGUGGAAAUGGGUUUCACUUGUGAAGCAUCCAAAGGCAUGACCGCUUGAGAUGUUCAGAUGUGCAUAUACAAAGCUGGUUUGUUUUUGUUCCUUCUGUUCCCUUUCUAGCAUGUUCAUGGGCCUAUGUGUAUUGUAUGGGCGUUGAGCUUGGUUUUACAUGAGAUGAGCAUGUACAGGAAAAAGUACUGUAUAACGUCAAGAGGAAGGCAAAAUAUUGAUGUACAGUUUGGUUUGUUGUCAGGAUCUUAGAUACUAUUAUUCUUUUUGUUUGUUACAAUCGUUUGUAAUCAAGGAUUAGAGUCAUUACUUUCUAAAAGUUUAUUGCACAUAUUUUAUUUUGUAUCAAAUUUAUAAAAGCUUCAUUGACCAUGUCAGGUG